AUGACCACACCUGAUUUUUCAGUUUCAUUAUUCAGUGCUUUUCGUUCUCAUUCUCAACAAACCUUUCUGAACAUGUCGUCGCAUCAGGAAUACGCAUACGAAAAGAAACGCCUGCUGGGCUCCGGCGCUCUUGUUGUAUUCCCGACAGAUGGGCCACCACCGCAGGUCACCACGCCCGUCAUUACGCCAGGGCUUUUAUUCUUUACAAUCUAUCCCACUUCCGUGAAAGAUAUUCAAAUCAAUGAACUUCUGUGGGAAAUGAGUCAAAAGACAUACUUUGCACAGGAAAACCUUGCGAAAGUAUUGCCGCCAACUGCACCGAAGGACCCAAUCUUUGCCGUUUUAAUACCUCCACAACUUGCCCGCUUCCUGUCAUCCGUAUCGCUCAAUGAAAUGCGCGCAGCUGUGAUAUAUAUGCUCGCUGACGCUGCCCAAGGUGAGGAUCCCAAAGGUCUGGCUCAGAUGCAUGCAGAUUUGCCUCCUUGUGUAUGGCGAAGCCUCAACUAUCUCAUGGACGAAACAUUAGUGAGGCGAAACGCCGGAUGGGGAGUUGCUGAGAAUGCGGCGACGGGAGUUACACGCGCUUCGUUCCUUCUCGAUGCUGCGCUUCAAACAGCCCCAAGUCAAGAUUACUGGAAAAUACAAGUCGAGGUUGGAUUCGCACCACCAGCUUUGAAGCCUGCGAUCGCACACCCUCCGCUUGCUCUUACAUCUAAAGAAAGAAGAGCCAUCGGUUUUCAUUGCUUGCGCGUCUUUACCAAGUUGAAAGCGGAGGAUGAUGCUACCAGGAGAGAUAGAGCAGGACCGAAAAGAGCUCAAGUUCUGCACAGUUUGUACGAAGAUUGGCGUCGAUAUUCAGCUAUCUGCUCAUGGAUCCCAAACCGCUCAUACGGUUAUAGGGCUCGGAACAAGGAUUCCGAAGAGCAUGCAUGGAGGUAUAAGAAUGCUUUUGCACUCAUGAAAUGUCUUGUAGGGUGCGGCCGCCAACGGUAUACCUGGGAAAGAGUUCGCAGUCUGAGGUUGUGUAGAAAUGAUAGUAACUCAUUCGUUUCUUGGCUUCCACCACAAAUCGUAGAUCAAGUACUCGUCCCAAUGCUUGUUAUCAUCGAUGGGAAAACGGCAGCGCUGGCCCUUGGAAGUAGGUUUUCCAAGAAGGGGGAAACCCCCACUGGGACGUGGGGGAAGUGCGGUUGGUCAUAGCAAUGCUGCUUCCGUGAGAGCGAGCAGCAUCGGCUCGGCUUCAAUCUGACGGUGCUACUCUUGCUGCAGGGGCUCGAUUUGAAUAACAAUCAUUAAUGCACAUUUUGCGUGACAUGACUUUGAAAGUCAAGGGGAAUAAGAACGCGUCCAUCCACAGAAAACGACCGUUCUCGGAGGAGAGUGAAUAAUCACAUCGUGGCCUUUCUGAUAGGUAUUGUAAAAUUAAGAUCCGGGACAAUUCUCAUAGUCAGUGUCCCUUCAUCAGAAUACCUUUGCAUUUUGUUCGUAUACGCCGAGACUGUAGCAGAGAGAAUGAAGUCGAGAAGCUGAUCCACAGCACUUCGGAUCACGGUCAGUA